UUCCCUUCAAUCAUGGCAGCAUCUUUCCUUGUAAACAUGCAUUACUCAUUCUUGUUCAUCUGCCUUUCUUCCAUACUAGCAGCAUCACUAGGCUUCACUGUAGACCUCAUUCACAGAGACUCCAUUCUUUCUCCUCUCCAUAACCCCACCAAGACUCAUUGGGAGCGGCUGCAUGAUGCCCUUCGCCGCUCCACCAGCCGUGCCCGUUACUUUGAUGUGUCAGCCUCACGAGCAAUGGUCCAGUCCCCGGUGAUAGCUGCCAAAGGGGAGUACUUAAUGAACAUAUCAAUAGGUAGCCCCCCACUUAUCUUGCUUGGGAUAGCUGAUACAGGGAGUGACCUUACUUGGACUCAAUGCAAGCCUUGUGUCCAAUGUUACAAGCAGAGAUUACCCCUUUUUGACCCCAAAAAAUCCUCCUCUUAUAAAAAAAUACCAUGUGGAUCCCCUCUUUGUUACACUAACUUGGCAACUAAGACUUGUAACUCAAAUGGUGAUUGUUCUUAUUACUAUUCCUAUGGGGAUAAGUCCUACACCAACGGAGUCUUAGCCUCUGAGACUGUCACAUUCGGGUCCCACACACCCUCGUUUCCUCAAGUGUUAGUCGGGUGUGGGUAUGAUAAUGGCGGUAACUUCAACGACAAAGGGUCAGGUAUAAUCGGGCUAGGGGGAGGUGCAUUAUCUCUUGUUUCCCAAAUAAAGCCUAGUAUUGGUGGGAAAUUCUCAUAUUGCUUAGUACCCUUCUUUAAGACUAGUUUAGUUGGUAAAAUCAGCUUUGGGCCCGAGGCAUUAGUCUCUGGUUCAGGGGUAGUUUCAACACCUCUAGUAAAGAAAAGUCCAUCUACAUUCUAUUACCUCACUUUAGAAAGCAUAGGAAUUGGAAAUAUAGAGUUUGAUUAUAGAAAAAGAUCAACCUCUUCAAAUACAAAAUCAAAGUAUGCUGAGGAAGGUAAUAUUAUAAUCGAUUCAGGAACAACAUUAACAUUAUUACCUGAGGAAUUCUAUCAGGAUUUAGAAGCAGAGUUGAAGAAAAACAUUAAAGCUGAACCAGUUGAAGAUCCAGAAGGAAUUAUGUCAUUAUGUUAUAAGAAUGAUGCAGAUAUGGAUGUACCGAUUGUUAAGGUGCGUUUUGCUGGAGCAGAACUCGAACUCAAGCCUUCAAAUACAUUUGUUAAAGUGCAGGAAGAUAUGGUGUGUUUUGCAAUGAUACCAGCAAAUGAGAUGGCUAUCUUUGGGAAUUUGGCACAGAUGGAUUUUCUUGUAGGGUAUGAUCUUGAAGAGGGCAAAGUCUCCUUUAAAUCAGCUAAUUGCUCUCACCUUCAAUUCUGAUGUCUUCCACUUAAUUCCUUCUUCCUACUAGUUGAUAGAUCAUAGAUGUUUCAUCAAUAAUAAGCAAGAUUUGGUUUCUUUAUGUCUAAAUGUUGAAUUCCCUUAACCAAAGUCUUGGAUAUGUUUUGGUUUCAUAAUAUUAUCCAUUCAUAAGAUGCCGAAUAUAAAA